AGUACGGGGGAGGGAUUUAUACAUCAAAAAUAAGAAAACACACAGCAUUUUGUCACACAAUGUUUCGUGUGUGGGUUGCAUGAAGCUGUUGGAGGCUGAACAGAGACGUUAGACUGAUUUAAAAUGAUUAUGAACAUGGACGGGAUUGUGCUGAGGCUGCUCAUGUUUGUGGUGUGUGUUGGAGGAGCAGCUGAGUUCAGAACGCGUACAGACGCACGAGGUGCCGCUUUCACGAGAUUAAGACGUCAGAGCAACACAGCUAAACCUGCACUGAAGAUCACAGAUUACCAUGUGCGAUGCACCGUCAUCUCCCGCUAUGCUCUCACCACAGUAGAGAGUUCAGUGUGGAACCAGCUCCAUUUCACCAAAGAGGUAGCGUUUGAGGUUGACCUGUCUCCCUCAGCCUUCAUCUCCAACUUUACCAUCACAUCUAACGGUAAAGUCCAUGUGGCCGAAGUGAAGGAGAGAGCUGCUGCCAGGAAGAUCUACGAUGAUGCCAAGAAGCAGGGGAAAACAACAGGACUUGUUGCCACCAAGGAGCGGGAGAUUGAGAAGUUUCGGGUGGCUGUCAGUGUGCCUCCUGGAGUCCACAUGCACUUUUCCCUGAUGUACGAGGAGCUACUGACACGACAGCUGGGGCGCUAUGAGCUGGCUUUGGGCCUCAGGCCUGGACAACCUGUGCAGAAUCUCUCUGUGGAUGUUAGUAUAGCAGAGAGGACUGGAAUCAGCUUCAUCAAAGUGCUACCGCUCAGAACCAGUCGCCUACUCACCAACACUGACCAAGCCGAGGCCGAAGCACCCCCCUCCGCUCAGGUGCAGCAGAACCUACACUGUGCUCACAUUCAUUACAACCCUAGCCUGCAGAAGCAGAGGACCAUCUCCCCCAAAGGCAUCAAUGCAGACUUUGUCCUCCAGUAUGAUGUAGAGCAAAAAGAUCUCAUGGGAGAUAUCCAGGUGCACAAUGGUUACUUCGUUCAUUACUUUUCCCCACGGGACCUGCCAGUAGUUUCUAAAGAUAUUGUCUUCGUUAUUGACAUCAGUGGUUCCAUGAUGGGCACGAAGAUCAAACAGACUAAGGCAGCGAUAUCUACGAUCCUGGCUGACCUAGGUGAGGGUGACUACUUCAAUCUCAUUACGUUUUCGGAUAAAGUGCAGAUCUGGAAGGAAGGCCGCACUGUACUGGCCACAAAGCAGAACGUACGGGACGCGAGGGAGUUUGUCAAGAAAAUCGUUGCAGAUGGCUGGACAAAUAUCAAUGCGGCUCUUCUCUCAGCAGCACAGCUGAUCAACUCCUCCUCUUCAUCUCCUGAUAGCCAAUUGUCAUCACCAAGACGAGUUCCCAUGAUCAUCUUUCUGACUGAUGGAGAGGCUACAAUUGGAGUGACUGCACAAGAGGUCAUUCUGCAUAAUGCUCAGAGUGCGCUGGGUUCAGUCUCUCUGUUUGCCCUGGCAUUCGGAGAUGAUGCAGAUUUUCCUCUACUGAAACGUCUGGCUUUGGAGAACCGUGGGAUAGCACGGAUGGUAUAUGAGGAUGCUGAUGCUGCACUCCAGUUAAAGGGUUUCUAUGAUGAGGUAGCGAGUCCACUACUGUCAGAUAUCCAGCUUUCCUACCUUGAUGACCAAGCUUAUGACGUUACAAGGGCCCUUUUCCCCAACUUCUUCCAAGGCUCUGAACUGGUAGUCACAGGGAAAAUUAAGCCAGACAUACAGGAUCUGAAAGUUUCGUUGACAGCAAGUGGCAAAAAGCAGAAGGUGAAGGUAGAGAGUGAGUUUGUACUGGCCAAUCUUGAAGUAAAUGAGACCUCAGCACUACUGGGUUGUACCAGGGAACAGCGUGGCAUCUCCAACUUUGUGCAUCGCCUCUGGGCCUAUUACACUAUCAAGGAGCUUUUGAUUGCUAAACUCAACAGCUCAGAUCCAUUAGCACAACGCUUGCUAGCAGAGAAGGCCACCAACCUUUCACUGAAAUAUAACUUUGUCACUCCAGUCACCUCUUUGGUGGUGGUUAAACCAGAUAUUGAUGAGCCAAAUCCAACCACUGUCUCUACAACCACGACUACACCCAAGCCUGUCACUACCACUACAGCAAGUGUGAUGACCACACCUACACAAACGCCAAGUACCUCUAAAAUGACUUCUACUUCCGAGGCCUUGAUCAAAAAGCCAGGCAAACCUUUAAAGACCAAACCCCUUCCACACGACCUGCCUAUUCCUAGACAUCCAGUAAAUACUCCUUCUUCAGACAAAAAUGUAGCAGCUUCAUCACCCAAGAGGACCACAUCUUUACCACACAGCGCAUCUAAGACCACCUCUGUCCCUCUGUUGAGCAAAGCUCCCAUUGUUCCAACCAGCAGCAUGAAAACCGAAGCGCCCACUUUCCUCCCAUUCAAUUCCACCACUUCAACACCUCUCAAGAGUUCAGUUCCAAUGGCAAACGUGGCUGAAACCACAACACAACACAGCUCAGGGAAACAUCAAGUCCUGCCUCUGGAGAAACCCACAUUCUUAUCUGACACUGACAAUUUUGCCACACCUGAUGUUCCUGCAGUGCAGCCAGAUUUUUACAAAGUCCCUUCAUCAAAUGCUUCACCUGAAGAUCUUGAUCAGGAAAUCAACAUCUCCACUCUUGUGGCUGCCUCAUUUGCCCCUAUGCCAGGCAUGACAGAUGCACCCAAUAUCUGGGAAGCUACUGGUAUUUUAGAUGUUUCUACAGCCAUCCUGACAAAAGAUGCUGAUGAUGUGAAAGAGUAUGAUGUCUCAUAUGAGUACGACACCGACUACAUCAUCCAUUAUGAUUCUCCGUCACGAGAUGACACAACAGAUAUCCUAAGUUCUGUGGGAAUCUUCUCCUCCUCAGUGGAUGGAGACCCCCAUUUUGUCGUUAUGCUCCCAAGGAUACAUGAAAAUCUGUGUUUUACUGUUGAUGGCGAGGCCAAUGAUGUGUUGCAUCUUCUGGAGGACCCAGUCAGAGGCAUUACAGUGAAUGGCCAUUUGAUGUUGGCUCCUCCUAAGAUUGGAAUCGAGGACCGCACUCGCACCUUCUUCGACAAGAUAAGCAUCAGAAUUUCAAAAGGUGGCAUCAAGAUCACCUUCACAAUAGACUCAGUGGUAGUGAAGGGAGAAGGGCUUGAAACUCUGCCUAUCAGACAGAAAGGAUCUGUGACACUCCCAGGCUUGAAGAUUGUGCUUGAUGGACACCAGAGCUGUUGGAUUGAGCUCGGAAAAGGCGUCAUGUUCCUGGUUCUGAUCCAUCGAUAUAGUCACCCCACCUAUUUCCAGGUGGAGCAUCUAGGAUUCUACACAGCUGAUGGAGAGGGGUUAUCUUCUUCAACGCAAGGUCUACUCGGCCAGUUCCAGCACAGCACCAUAGAGGUGGUGAGGAUAACAGACAGACACGGUGCCGUGUUCCACCACGGUCAGAUCAGCAACAACAACACUCUGGCUUUGGGAUUACUCAAGAAAGGGGACGAACAAAUUCCAGUCACUUUACAGGAUAAGACUUUGAAGGACACAUUAAAUAAGCGCCACUUGGCCCAGUGCUGGGUGGUGCCCAAGGUGGAAGUGGAGCGGCUCCUGGAGCGGCCUUACCAAAGCUAUGUGGUGGAUGACCUUUAAAUGCCCUGCGGCUACAUUUCAAGCUCAUGGCUGCUGAUUCAAAGCAGGGCCAUACAAGAAUAUAGGACACUACAGUGCAGCGGUGGCAUAUUCACUCUCAGCUAACAUGUAAGCAUAGAGCGUGUACAGUAUGGGAAAGUGACACUGUGGAAAGUUUUGAUGUCUGUAUAGAAAAUAUGACGAUAUUGCUUUAAAGACUGAAGAAUCCAGGAGUUUGAAUCGGGAUGCGCUCAAGAUGAGAAGCUCCAGUUGAAAUCCACCAACGAAUAUUCAUACCCAAGUCACAAAGAACUGUAUUUCUGGUACCGA